AUGAAGGUGAAGGAGAUCAUGCAGCAAUAUGGACAAGCUUCUGAACAAGUUGUUAACUUUGACAAAUCAACAAUGUAUUUCAGCAGGAAUACCCAAAACCAAGUAAGAUUGGAGAUCAGUGAAGCAUUGGAUGGUAUAAGGGAGGCACACAGUGGGAAAUACUUAGGCUUACCAAUGGCUAUAGAGAGAUCGAAGAACCAGGUGUUUGGGUAUCUCAAAAGCAAAAUAUCUAGCAAGAUGCAAGGGUGGAAACAGAAAACUUUAAGUCAAAGGGGGAAAGAGGUCCUGAUCAAAUCAAUGCUCAUGGCAAUGCCAACUUACAUUAUGUCUUGCUUUAAAUUACCCAAAGAACUGUGCAAGGAGAUAAGUGCUAGAAUAGCCAGGUUCUGGUGGGGAAAUGGGAACAAGGACAACAAGAUUCACUGGAUAAGUUGGGGAAGGCUCUCAAAAGUGAAAGGAAAAGGGAGAUUGGGUUUUAGAGAUUUAGAAGCUUUCAAUCUGGCUUUGCUUGCAAAACAAAUAUGGAGAUUAAUUACAACUCCAAAUUUGUUAGUAAGCAGGGGAGAUGGACUACUGCAGCAAGGACUAUGGAAAAGAGUUGGAGAUGGGAGGACAGUGAAAAUCUGGCAGGAUAAGUGGAUCAUUGGAAAGAACAAUGGAAGAGCCUCAGGAAUGAAACCUGCUGAAUGUCAACUGAGGACUGUGAAUGAACUGAUAGAGGGUGGAAAAUGGAAUAGAACUUGUUUGCAAACAGCUUGCCAGUCAAUGAAGCCAUACAUAAAAGAAUUGGGAAAGGUAAUAGUCUGUGUAGUUGCUGUGGAGAGGAAACUGAAACCACCGAGCACAUGUUUUUCUUCUGCCAAAAUGAUAUGGAAGAUAGCUCCUGUUAGGUGGGAGGGGCUAACUGAGCUUCAAAUCAACAUAUGGAGAUUGUGGGAUGCAGUGAUGCAAUCUGCUAACAAGGAGCAAGGACUUGACAGGAUAAAGCUCACGGCCAAUAUAUUAUGGCAAAUCUGGAAGGCACGCAACAGGAUGGUAUUCCACCUUGAGAGCACAGAUACAAAGCAGGUUGUUGACAAAGCACAACUGGAGUGGAUAGAGUAUGAAAAUGAAACUGAUGCAAAUGCAGGAAAACAAGUUACUCCAGAAAUGGACCGGCAACAGCAACAUUGCUGGGAACCACCAAAAGAAGGAGUGAUCGAAAUAAAUACGGAUGCAGCAAUAUCAGCCAGAAUGGUAAGAACAAGUCAGGGGAUAAUAGCUAGGAACUGGCUUGGAAAGAUCAUAAAAGCCAAAGGAAUCUCUGAAUGCAAGCAAGGAGAUGCAAGCAGAGAGGAAUCACUAGCUAUAAGAAGUGCUCUAGUAAUGGCAAAAGAUGCAUGUUGGACUAAUAUAGAAGUUCAAACAGACAGCAAAGGAGUAGUGGACCAAAUCAACACAGGCAAUGUUCAGGACAGUAAUAUUGAAACAGUCCUGGAGGACAUUGAUGACCUCAGACAGGAAUUCGAUUGCUGCAAAUUCUCUUUUGUUCCUAGGAAAGGAAAUGGCUGCAGCCAUGCUCUGGCACAGUUUGCUACCAAGUUAGUUAAGAAUGUGGAAUGGGAAAAUACCUUCCCAAUGUGGUUAAUAGACCUAGUAAGGAAGGAUAUGGGGGUAGUUACCCCUUUUUGUAAUUAG